GCUUGAUUAGUUUGUAUUUCACCAGUGAGUCGCGCUAAAGUGACGAAGCUGUAACUAAAAAAAACAUCUCGGCGCAGCUGAAUAUGGCGGCGCUGCUGAGAGGUCUGCGGGCUGGAAGGACACUUCGAGGGCUAGGCGCUGUGGUGUCUGCACAAACAGCACCAAAGCCCCAGUGCAGCAGCCUGACACGAGGCUUCCACAGCGCAGCACUGAGGCUUCAGGAUGAAACCAAAUCUGACAAACCCCCCUCCUCAUCCACAACCUUCCAUGAGCACUACCAGGCUAACUCUGCUGAGCACGAGGCACCACCCUCCCAGGAGGACUCGACAUCUGGCCCGAAGGCUGAGGAGGCUUCCAGGCCAAACACCAGCUACCAAGACCAGGGCGGAGAGGAGGGCGAGGAAUUCCAAACAGAGGAGCAGCUUCAAGCUCAAAUCCUGACUGCUGCUCUGGAGUUCGUCCCGCAGCACGGCUGGUCGGUGGAAGCCAUCUCAGCCGCUGCUGAGAUGCUGGGCCUGUCGUCUGCCUCCUCUGGGAUGUUCAAUAACGGAGCUGGAGACUUGGUCCUUCACUUCAUCACCCAGUGCAACUCCCAGCUGACGGAGAUCCUGGCUGAACAACACAACCAGGUCCAGCUGGGCCAGGCCGAACCAAAGAAGACUGCUGACUUUAUCAGAGAUGCUGUAGAGACCAGACUGAGGAUGUACAUCCCUUACAUUGAUACUUGGCCACAGGCGAUGAGCAUCCUGCUCCUUCCUCACAACAUCCCAGACAGCCUGAAGCACCUCUCCACCCUGGUGGACGACAUCUGGUACUACGCAGGAGACCGAUCCACAGACAUGAACUGGUACACCAAACGGGCAGCACUGACAGGCAUCUAUAACACCACGGAGCUGGUGAUGCUGCAGGAUUCCUCUGAAGACUUUCAGGACACCUGGAACUUCCUCGACAACCGCAUUCAAGAUGUAGUCAAUAUGGCCUCCACCGCCAAACAGGCGCAGGCCACUGGUGAAACAGUGGUGCAGGGGCUCAUGGGAGCUGCUGUUACACUGAAGAACCUCACCGGACUGAACCAGAGGCGAUGAUGGAAACUGAUUCUGACAUCCUGGCUUGUGUCAUGAGCUGAAGAUCAAUAUUCUUUUGCUCUUAUUUUUUGAUCAACUGUAAGAGUCUGAAAGUGGUAAGAAUAUGUAUUUUAUUCAGAAAGAGAAAACUAUAAUUAGUAACAGGUCAUAGUGACGGGCCUCUUUCUAUCAGACCAGUUACUAGUCUUGUUUUGUUUCACUGUCCAAGAUUUCACUCUCAUGCUCAGAUUACUUUUUCCCUGUGGACGUAAUGAUCUGUCAUGUUGGACCGAGACUUCAAUAAAGUGGUUAUAUAUUGUA